AUGUCUACUGCCGAGUCUCCAACCACCGUCACGGAUUCCCGGGCUGGCACUAUGCAGCCAGAAUCUACAGUCCCUUCCUCCCCGAUGACCGACCCCACCGAGCAAGAGACGAAGCUCCCGGCAGAGGGAGAAGGGAAUGGGAUCGAGGGUCACGAUGACUCGGCAAAUGCCGUUGAUGACACCGAGGACAUGGAUAAUAAUGCUAAUGCCUUGAUGCACCUGCUGAAAACCAGUUCGGUCUUUGUUGCAAUCAUGUCGGAUAAAAUGAAAAAGCAGCAGGAAGAAGCCCGACAGGCAGCUCUCCAGCGCCAACAGAAAGCAGCCGCCGAGCCAAAGAAAAAACCCGCCGUCGAAACAGAGCGGCGAGAGACCCGAACCAGGGUAAAGCAAGGACCCGCUGAGGAAGAGACUUCCGCUGCCGAGAAGAAGUCGGCGACAUCCAAGCGAGGCCGGCCGAGAAGGGACGCUUCGGCCAAUGGUAGCACCAUCUCGAGUUACUUCCAAAAAGCAGAUGUCCAAGUAUCCGAGGACAAUCCAACGGUGCAGCAAGCUUUGGAGGAAGCCGCCAACGAGUACGAAGCCAACCCUACUGCCCUGGGUGAACAGGAUCUGGUCGCGACGCAGCAGCCAAGUCUAGUCACUGGCGGUAAGAUGCGCGAGUAUCAGCUGGAGGGCUUGGAGUGGAUGAAAUCCCUCUGGAUGAAUGGGCUGUGUGGCAUCCUGGCUGAUGAAAUGGGCUUGGGCAAAACCGUGCAGGCCAUUUCGAUGAUUGCUUUUUUGAAAGAAAAUAAUGUCUCUGGCCCUUUCUUGAUUGCUGCGCCAGUGAGCACUCUGAGCAACUGGGUAGAUGAGUUUGCCCGGUGGACACCAGAUAUCGAUACCGUGCUCUAUCACGGCUCCAAGGCCGAGCGAGAUGCUAUCCGAAGCAAUCGCAUGAAGAUGCAUGAUCAAGGGAAGAUGGAUUUCCCCGUCGUGUGCACAUCUUACGAGAUAUGCAUGAAUGACCGAAAGUUUCUCGGUCAAUAUCAGUGGAGAUACAUCAUCGUGGACGAGGGCCACCGUCUGAAGAACAUGAAUUGCCGACUAAUCAAAGAGCUCUUGACUUAUAACUCCGCCAAUCGGCUGCUAAUCACUGGCACACCGCUGCAAAACAACGUCUCUGAGCUCUGGUCCCUGCUUCAUUUCCUCCUCCCCGAGGUUUUCAAUGACCUCGACAGCUUUGAAAGCUGGUUUGAUUUCUCCUCCGUCCUCGACAACAAUGUCCAGGCAAACCUCAUAGAGCGGCGAAAGAGAAACUUGGUCACCACCAUGCAUGCGAUUCUCAAGCCAUUUCUCCUUCGCCGUGUCAAGACCGACGUCGAGACCUCUUUGCCCAAGAAGCGAGAGUACAUCUUGUACGCUCCGCUCACGCCGGAACAGAAAGAUCUCUACCGAGAGAUCCUCAACGGCACAGGUCGGCAGUAUCUCGAGGAAAAAGCCCUAGAACGCCUGACGCUCAAGAACGGGAUUUUGUCGCGCUCUCAAACUCUCAAACGCAGCCGGGACAGCAGCGAGACUAGCACCCCUAACAAAAGCUUCAAGUCUAGCCGGGCAUCUACUCCGGCUAGUAAUGGCAGUGCUUCUCGCAGACGUCGCGGUCCCCAGAGCUACAAGGAGAUCAGUGACCACGAGUUCGAUGCUCAAUUGAGAAAUCUGGAAAAAGGCAUUCAACAAGAGGAAACCUUCGAACCCAGUGACACUGAGUUGGAAGAAAUUGAAAAAGCCAGAACGAUAAGCCUUGCGAAAAAGGAAAUUGGACAGAAGAAGAUGCAGAACCCAGUUCUCCAGGCCCGUCUGGCUUGCAACUCUCCACAUAACUUCUACUGGCCUUGGACAGAAGAGUCCUCGACCCUCGAUGAGUCCCUCGUAUCGGCCUCGGGCAAAAUGCUCCUCCUGGACCGGCUGAUCCCCUGUCUCUUGAACAAGGGACACAAGAUUUUGAUAUUCUCUCAAUUCAAGACCCAGCUCGAUAUCCUGGAAGACUGGGCUACGCAGCUUCGAUCCUGGAACUGCUGCCGCAUUGACGGCGGUAUCACUCAAACUGACCGCCACGCACAAAUCAGGGCCUUCAACACUAGCCCCAAGCACAAGAUUUUCCUCCUCAGCACCCGCGCCGGUGGCCAGGGCAUCAACCUAGUCGCCGCCGACACAGUGAUCCUAUUCGAUUCCGACUGGAACCCACAGCAGGAUCUCCAGGCCCAAGACCGCGCACACCGCAUCGGCCAAACCAAGCCUGUGAUCGUGUACCGGCUCGCCACUAAGGGCACAGUCGAACAGACUCUCCUGGAAAAGGCAGAUGCCAAGCGCCGCCUGGAACGCCUAGUUAUCCAGAAGGGCAAGUUCCGCUCGCUUCUCGACUCUGCCAGCGCCCAGGAUGUUGAUGACUUGCGCAAGGCCCUCGGCGAAGACGAGUUCGAGCGUUUUGAGACCGGGGCUGACCCCUCGGCUAUUUUGUCUGAUCAAGAUCUCACCAUCCUUACAGAUCGCACUGAGGAGGCCUAUGCGCGUGCUGAGAAGGGCCUGGAUAAGAGUGGGCCUGCUUUUGUGGCUGUCGAGACUAAGCGCGAUGCUGGUGAUAGCAUCAUGUCUUGA